AUGGGUAUUCGUUUUCACUCAUUAUAUCUUAUUAUUGUUCUGGUAAUUUGUGCUUCAAUUCAAUCAUCACCAAUCUUGGAUGAUAAUUCUAACGAACACGAUUCAUCAUUGAAUUUCGUCAAUAUGCCAUCAUCCAUAAUACAACGAUCCAAUUUUAUUUCGCUUUUAUGUCAACGACAAGAACAAUUUCCAAUGAAAUUAAAAACAAAAUUAUGUUCAAACUAUAUUCAAUUAUACAAUGUACAAGAAGAUGAUGACGAUGAAGGACAACAACAACAACAGCAAGAACGUGAAAAGCGAGUUGGGUGGACAAUUAGCGUUUGA